UUGUAUCUUGUGUUUGUUGUCAACUCAGGGCAAAGCAGAAAGCACAUGUGUGACUAACAAGCUAAGAAGGCCUGCGUUUCACUGACAUCGGGACUGUCCUAUUUAGUCAAAAAUCAUUUUCUUGAUACAGUGGCCAUAUUGAACAGAAUGAAUUUAGCAGACGAAGGGCAACAAAGAAACUUGAAAGAUUUUUUGUUGCUGUACAACAAAUUAACAGAGCAGUGUUUUGAGAGAUGUGUAUACAACCUGAACAAUGUGGGUGUGUCCAAGGCAGAGACUGACUGUGUCGGUGUGUGUACAGACCGCUAUGUCACCUACAACCAGAAGCUGAUGAUGAAGUUCAUGGAGCACCAGAACUUGAGACAGCAGGCAGCAGCACGAGAAACGGAGGCAGCAGCCCAGCAGGGCGGAGUCGCUCCCAGCCCGGCGGGGGACACUCCCAACUCCUAAAAGGCCACAGUCUCGGCCUUCACCUCUCAUACCUAUUAGCCAUGGAGUGGAGGUUACAAUACUACAGUACUACUAGAUCGGGAACACGAGUGUUGUGGAGUGUUACAAGACCCAGCAUGCAGCAGUCACUGGCUGUAGGUGCACGAACCUGGAUAAUCAUGUGACUGUUCAGGCCCCGGGGAUGGUAGCAAGGCUUGCAGGAGCGGCAGAUUGAUUAUAUAAUGCACAAGUUAUUUAUCAUAAAGAAUGUUCAAGCCAA